AUGAAUGUAGACAACCAGAAUACGAGUCAAAAAGCAUUACUUAUUAGCGCUAAAGUAACUUGUCAACUUGGGAAUGGAACUAUUUCAUUCAAUUACUGGACAAGUCCUUUUGUUAUUUUAAAUUUAUGUGCUAAAAAAGAAGAAAUAGCAUUAAACAGAACAAAUGAUUGUCAACAAGCUCCAUUCUCUCAAGGUCCUGGACCUGCUGUGUUUCAAAUUCCGCCUGUCAACAGAACAUUUAGAUUUUUAAUUGAAGCAACUAAUUUUGUAUAUGCAAAUGGCCAAUUAAGCGGAGGAUUUGCAAUUUUAGACAAUCUUUCCUACAGCGGUGAUUAUUGUACAACUACAACAGCUAGUGCAUUAAAUACAACAAUGCAAAUACCAACAAAUAACGGAACUAAUUCAACAGCAAAUACACCGGUGUCAGCAAAUAAUAAUACAAAUACUACUUCAAAUACAACAUCAGUUGGUGGCACAACAAUUCAAUUAACAACUAUUGCGACAAAUGGAUAA